AUGACCCACAGACAUCACAAUGCCGAGGAGGAAGCGCCGCGGAAGGCCAUCAAGACCAAGAAGGCCAACAAGGAGGAUGAUGUUGCCGAUGCGCCCGACGGCCAGGUUAGCAAGGCCGAGAUCAAGCGGGCGCUCAACGACGAGGAGGCCGGCGCGUCGUCCAAGGUGACGGAGCGGACGGUGACAGCGACGCUCCCGCCCGGGCAUCUCUCGCACUCGCGCGACAUCUACCUGGUCAACUUUUCGCUCAACUUUUACGGCACCGUCCUCAUUCAUGACACCGAGCUCAAGCUCUCGUACGGCAACCGUUAUGGGCUCAUCGGCCACAACGGGUGCGGCAAGUCGACGUUCCUCACUGCGCUCGGCAAGCGCGAGGUGCCGAUCCAGGACCACAUCGACAUCUUCUACCUCGACCGCGAGGUCGAGGCGCUCGACAUCAACGCCAUGGACUUUAUCAUCUCGGACAUCGAGGCCAAGGUGGCCAAGCUCGAAAAGUACGCCGAGGUCGUCAUGGACUCGCUUGGGCCCGACGCCAUGGAGCUCGACGAGAUCUACGAGCGCAUCGACGCCAUGGACAUUGCCACGGCGCCGCGCCGUGCCGGUGAGAUCCUCCACGGACUCGGCUUCACCAAGGAGAUGAUGGCCCAGCCGACCCGUGACUUUUCUGGAGGCUGGCGCAUGCGGAUCUCGCUCGCCAAGGCACUCUUCCUCGAGCCGGCCCUGCUCCUGCUCGACGACCCGACGUCGCACCUUGACCUUGAGGCUACCCUCUGGCUCGAGUCGUACCUCGCCAAGUACCCGGCGUGCCUCGUCCUCGUCUCGCACUCGGAGGACUUCCUCGACAACGUCUGCACCCACAUCAUCGACCUGCGCCUGCAGCGCCUCUCGUACUACACCGGUAACUACUCGGCGUACGUCCGGACUCGCUCCGAGAACGAGGAGAACCAGCGGCGCGCGUACGAGAAGCAGCAGAACGAGAUUGCCCACAUGAAGCAGUACGUCGCACGCUUCGGCCACGGAAACUCCAAGAUGGCUCGCCAGGCCCAGUCCAAGGAGAAGCUCAUUGCCAAGAUGGAGCGCGAGGGCCUUGUCGAGGCCGUCGUCGUCGACCGCAAGCUCAAGCUCUCGUUCCCCAACCCGCCGCCGCUGGCGCCGCCCGUUCUCUCCUUCACCGACGUCACCUUUGGCUACACGCCCGAGAAGCUCCUCUUUGAGCACCUCGAGUUCGGCAUCGACCUCGACUCGCGCGUCGUCCUCGUCGGUGCCAACGGUGCCGGCAAGUCGACCUUCCUCAAGCUGCUCAAGGGCGACCUCAACCCGCUCGAGGGCCGCAUCCAGGCCCACGCUCACUGCCGCAUCGGCUUUUACUCGCAGCAUCUUACCGAGAACCUGCCGCUCGACCGCACGCCCUUUGACGGCGGCAUCGACGGCAUGCGCUCCAUCCUCGGCCGGUUCGGCCUCUCGGGCAAGGCCCAGGUCUCGCCCAUUCGCCACCUCUCUGGCGGCCAGGUCCGUCGCCUCGGCUUUGCCUACCUCGCCCAGACCUCGCCGUCCAUGAUUGUCAUGGACGAGCCGACCAACGGUCUCUCCAUGGACGCCAUCGACGCCCUCGCCGACGCCCUCAACGAGUUUGAGGGCGGCGUCGUCGUCGUCUCGCAUGACUUCCGCCUGCUCGAGCGCAUGGAGCGGGCCGAGAUCUUUGUCACCGAGAACAAGUCGCUCAACCGCUGGAACGGCUCCAUUAUGGAGUACAAGCAGCACCUGCAGGCCAUCAUUACCGCCCAGCACGAGGCCUACAUUUCCGACAACAUGUGA